GAGUAGCGCACACAUUUGGAUUCAUGCAAAUCUCACUGGUUGUCCUCAAUAUCUCCACACCCCUCUGACUACAUCCUCCAACCUGCUUCACACCUAACACUAUGACUCCUGAGCUAAUUUAACCAUUCAGGCAAACAAAAGCUACAAACAGUCUUGUCUGGCUUCUAGUCCAUGUAGAUUCUUGCUAGCAGGUGAAACAGGAGGCAAACUAGCAACGUAUAGUGGCUUGGGGCUUGCCAAAUAUCAGGCACAUUGAUGCUGCCUCAGGGCUCUACUGCUUGGGCAUAGACUCCACCCCACAGAGUCAACACCUCAGAGAGGACGUGAGAGACUCAUCAGAAACUAGACAGAACUCCUAAACGAACAGACACCUGCUCACAAGGACAACCAAGUCAUCUAAACUGUUCCACUGUGGGACCAUCAUACAUUUCAGGAGGUCCACUGUGGACAUACAUCCAUCGACGAUACAUCCAACAUCUCAAACAACGCGUCUUAAUACAGGCUGACACACUUCGCAGUACUGGAUUUGGACAACUGCACCAGUAUGGACACUCUCCAGGGAAGAAAACCGAAGAAACCCCAUUACAUUCCCCGCCCCCCUGGCAAACCCUUCAAAUAUCAGUGUUUCCAAUGUCCCUUCACCUGCAACAUCAAGUCUCAUCUCUUCAACCACAUGAAGUAUAACCUGUGCAAGAACUCCAUCUCUAUGGUGUCCCAGCGCAUAGAACAGACAGGGAAAACGCAGAGACCUUCCCAGCAUAAUUUCCCCUUCAACCAAAAGGGCAAAGAGCCACCCCUGGAAGCUGAAGUUAGGAAAUCUAUAGAAAGGGUCAACGAAAAGGUUGAACAAGAGAAGAUGGGCAAAGGAACAAGAGAAAGUCCCAUCAAAGAGGUCACUAAAGAUGUGACUGAGCAAAUCUGUGAGACCAGGGACAAAAAAGGAGACAUAGACAUUGAACAGAACAAAAUAUCUUCAGCUUUCUCACCAGUUGCACGAACAUGUGAAAGCGAAGCUCUAGCUCAGUCUCCACACAAAGAUGAUCAAUCAUCUACUUCAGCCAUUCCUCAGUUUUACCACCAAAUGGCACCUUGGGCCCCACCUGCUUCCACAGCACCGCUUCUUCCUCUAAUACCAGAAUAUCCAUCAUACAUGGUAUCUGAGAGGCCCUUGCAUUCUCUCUACACAUCCUACUCACACAACCAAGCAAACACCCCAGCCUACCAACUUAUACCUCGAGACACCCAAAGACCUCUUGUUCCAUCACCUUUGGUCCCACCUAGUACUUCCCUUCUCCAUCCCUACCACUAUAGAUACGCCCAUUCUAUUAUCCCUGGUCCACCUCUACCCUACAGCCUCUACCAACACCCUGAAUUUUCCAUGUCCUUACAGAGAACCAGGUACCUUCCUCUGGAUGUGUACAGCAACAGAUUUUAUCCUCGAGAGUAUGGAGGGCAUUUAGUACCCCUACCUCAUCCUGAAUCUUACAGCAGACUUUCUGAGGACAGGGCUUUCCAGGAACACAAAACAGUGGACAAAAGUACUCGCCAGAGUCCUUUAGAAGGGUGCGCCGCCUCUGGAUCUCCAGACAGGCCUAGUACCGCAGAUGUCACCCAGCGAAUCCCUGUUACACUCAGGCAUGCUUCUCAUGGGGAGUCAUUCCCAGUUAGUCAAUCACAGCAUGUUGAACCAGUGGCAACUACAGUAACUGAAAACUUACCCAAGAAAUCAUUUGGACAAACUCAAGACAGCAUGUUACAAAAUAAAGAGAGGAAUGAACCACAAACCACAGCUUCUGCAAGAAGCAGUGAUAUUUCAUCAGAAAAGGAAGAUGAAGAUACUGAGGAAGAGCCAGCUCCUCUUAACCUUUCAAAGAGAGACCAGGCCGUAUCCAGCAGCAAUAUGACACACCACUACCCUGACUGCAAGCUCCAUUAUGAUUCAGAAAGUAGUGAAGAAGAAGCACCGCUCAACCUCUGCCUCAGGGUUCAAUCCAACAACCUAGCCUUGCUCGACACCACAGGCUCUGAAACUCCAGAAAGACAAACCAUUAUAAAUGCUGAGGUAUGCACAAUUGCUCCACCCAAAGAACAAGAAAUAGACCCAUGUGACCAGAGGCACUCUGCUGCGUUUGCUCUGUGCCAGUUAGCUAGCUCAAAGGACAUUUUCAAUGACUCCUCUUUUGGCCAACAAGAAACGACUGAAGGCCAGAGCAGUCAAAGUCUUCCUCCCCCAGACAAGAGCCCAGCCAAAGACACUCCAGACACACCAAGACAGAGCACACGGGCAAUGGGACAAAAACGGGUAAACAAUAGACCUCUGAGGCACACUACCAAAAGAGCUAAGGUCAAAGAACCUGCUCGAACUCAAAGAAAGAGGUCACAAAACUGCUGAUUCAGAGACAGAAUGGAGCUCCAGUGAAAAUAUCAAUACUCAAGAGACUUUACAGGAAGACGGCCAAAGUCUACAUGAAAGCCUUCAAUUAUUAUUCUAUUUAUGUCUGUAAAACUGCUUGUUUAAAGGUCAUGGGAUCAAUUCCAAGGGACAAAAGCAUUUGCUUAAUGCAUAAAUGUAAAUGUGGAUAAUUCCAAAAUAUUCUUAGUGUAUAACAUUAAGCACAGAUUGGAAGAAAAAGGGCAGCCCAGAUUUUACACUGAGAAUAUUGUGUGCUUUGAGAAAACAUGUAACAGAUCAUUAAAGGAAGUAGGGUGGUGGCAUUUUUUUAAAUAAAGGAUCUUGUUAAACUUGAA